UUGCGCGUUCUCUGUAUGACAGCUGUCUGCAGGCCUGCCGUUGAAAUCAGAAUUUUUUUCAACAAUGGACAACGUGAAAUUUUUAUUUUUUGAAACAAAACCGAUUUAGUAUGAACAAAAGAACUAUUUUCUAUUGGAUUCGCGUUGUUGGAGUGGCUAGUGACAGUGUGUAACAAAAAUUGAUUCGAUAAAAUUGUCGAUUACGUCAUAAAAUCAAAUUGUAUUUCACGACCCUCUUGGGCGUCAGUUGUUAGUGAGUUUCGAAUAUAUUUUUCUGUUUGUGUUUUUUUGAACGAAAAAAAAGGGGGACAAAAUGUCUCAGUCACGUACGUCGUUUGACAGUGAUUCGGGUGAUGAGAUGUCGGAUUUUUCCGAUACCGCUGUGGAUGAUGAAAAUAUGAUGGGUGGCCGAAAAAUGGGAAAAUUACGGUGGACAAAGCAUGAAGAUGCCGCUCUGAAGAUUUUAGUGCAACAACACGGUGAGCGUUGGGAUGACAUCGCAAAAUUUCUGAAAGACCGUACGGAGAUGCAGUGCCAACAGCGCUGGAUUAAAGUGGUGAAUCCAGAUUUAAUUAAAGGUCCAUGGACCAAGGAGGAAGAUGAAAAGGUCAUAGAACUUGUAUCGCGGUAUGGUCCGAAGAAAUGGACGCUUAUAGCACGAAAUCUGAAAGGUCGGAUCGGUAAACAGUGUCGGGAACGAUGGCACAACCAUCUCAAUCCGAACAUUAAAAAAACCGCCUGGACGGACGAAGAAGAUAAUGUAAUCUAUCACGCGCAUCAGCAAUGGGGCAAUCAAUGGGCAAAAAUUGCUAAGCUACUGCCGGGUCGAACGGACAAUGCGAUCAAGAACCAUUGGAAUUCGACAAUGCGUCGGAAGUAUGAACUUGGUGAAUAUUCGCGACGACUGAAGGCUGACAAAAAGCAUGCAGCAGGACCACCAAAAUUGACACCGGCAAAGGCAAAUAAUUGGAAAAGUGCAGCUGACCGUAAAGACGAUGUGAAACAAAAUUCCAUGUACCUGUACCAACGAGACAUUACAGACGAAUAUAUCGAACAGAAAUUUGCUCCUCAGUAUCCGGAAGAGAAAAAAAUUCAACGAAAUCCACCAAACAUAUUGCGUCGAAAUAAACCAGUGACCGGCCUAGCUAGCACCAUAAAAUACGAGAAAAUUGAUAGCACUAAUUUCCGCGGACAGAACACCAACACUGCCACAGCAACAACAACAACACAGCACUUAAAUUCCAAUCUACGUGGUGCACCAUCACCAGGAAUUACGCCAAUUAAAACACUACCCUUUUCACCCAGUCAGUUCCUGAACUCACCCUGUCCUCUGUCUUUCGAUAUGGUACUGCCGGCCAGUACACCCGUACGAAAGCACCUGCAAAAGGCCCAAAACACUUCGCUUCUCACCCCAUCGCCGAAGAAACGAAAAUGCGACCAGAGUCAACCGCUCAACUACGAUUAUCUGAACGAACAAAUGGGUGAUAUGAAGGACGAAAAUGGACUGGAUAGCUGCGAGAAAAAUCAGCCCGACGACGACGACGUUGACACACCAAAUAAAUUGAAAGUGAAUGCUAGCACAUUUCCCAGGACGCCGACACCGUUCAAGAAUGCAUUGCAUGAAUUUUCGAAGAAACGGGGCGAAACUUACGUUCCAUCGAGUCCGGGCUGUCUGGUGGAGGACAUAACCGAAAUCAUGAACAAAGAGAAAUUGAACGAUUCGACCGUCGAAUACAAAAAUGACGGUCCCAGUGGUGCAUCGAAGGUGACACAUAAUCCGAAGAGGUUGUCGUUCGAAAAUGCAGGCAGUUCGCAGCAAGCGCCGAAGAAGGCAAAGAAAUCGUUGGAAGCAGGAUGGGACAGUUCGACGGCUAGUGACAUUUCGUAUUUGAUUGAAACGCCGAGUAAAUCGCUGAAUUCGGACUCCGGUGUGGUGUUUUCGCCUCCGAGUAUCGUCAAAGAUGCGCUGUCGAUAAGUCAAUCAGCUGCACUGUUGCUUGAAGACGAACAAAACGAGACAAUAACUCCAGAAAAUCUGGAUAACUCUGCAUCGUCUCAGAAAAUGAUUCCACUACAAAAUCACCAGAAAUUGUACAAUCAAAAUGUCGGAACGGCAUGUAAAACGCUUAGAAACCAAAAACACUUUGUUCCCCUAGCACAUAACAAUCGUCUAACCAUCAAAUGUGAACGAGAUGAUGAAAAUGAAACCGUAACUUAUAAUCCGUACGCCAAUGAAAACGAUCAAAACGACACCAAAUUCCAAUUAUCUAAGUCCAUACAAUACCAAAACGAGCUAAACCAAAACCACUGUCCCAUUGAAAUACCGCUGGUGCGACGAUUCGGUCAAGAUCGUACAAAUUUCUACAAUAUCUUACCAAAGGUCGAACCGAUCGGUAAACGGCAACCGGCACCGGACGGUGUGAAAAGUAAUGCACAGUCCGUCGGUUUGCCGUCGAUCAAUCAGCAACAAUUUAAUUGUUUUAGUCUUAGGGAUCGAAUAUCGAUCAGUUCGCAUUAUUCCAAAAAUGUGGCCGCACAAACGCAGCCGACAGGCGUCAGUAAUAAUGAAAAUAGCCAAAGCAAUGAUUCGCAAUCCACAUUCACAUUCAAUACGAAUUCAAAUGAAAAUUUGACAUUCAAAAAUUACGAUUUGAACGACGAAUUUUGGUUGAAUUUUGAUGAGUAGAUGAGGGAGGGAGGAUUCCACUUUUUUAUUUGUUAAAUCUUUUUGCGUUUCACGUUUUAGCAUUUAAGGAGAUCUUAGCUGUAAGUACAAUUCACCACGGUUUUUUCCCUCGGUUUUUAGGUCUUUAGUAAUAUUUAUUGCACCAAUUAGCUAGCUAGAUUUUAGGAAAAUUACUUUUAGCACCGCAACCACACGUACUAAUUAAAUUAAAGAAUUCGAUCAUGUGAGUCACAUGAUGUGACCAAGAAUCGAUUCUACAAAAAUAAAUUUGAGGGACUCACAGGAUGUCAUUGGUACAUAUACUGUUGCCGAAGCAAUCGUUUUUACACCGACAAUUUCAUCGAUAGUCAUGAUCACUCUAAUGAGUUAUUGCUACCCGAGACUUCUGAUUCCUCGAUAGUUAUAACUCGUUUGACUGCAUUAUUAGAUAAGCAAUUUCCCCAUUUAACUGCAGAAUUAGGCUACCAUCAGAAAAAAGCGUUCAAUGCUUAAUGAUUAACUGGCCGGGCUAGUAUCAUGUUCCCUAAGUCUUGAUGGUCCAAACGCUCCAAAUGCUUCAACUGCUCCAAAUGCUCCAAAUACUCCAAAUGCAUCAACUGCUACAAAUGCUCCAAUUGCUCCAAAUGCUCCAACUGCACCAAAUAAUGAACUAUCUCGACUAGUUUGCAUAAGUACUCUAACCGAACUUGAUAUGAAGCUGUGCAUUCUGUUUGGUUUUGGUUUGAGUCUAAAAUUUUGCAGUCUGUGUAUGGUUCCUUAACUUUCACAUUUAUUUUGUUUGCACACCCUGUCUUAUCUUAAAUUACAACUCGCAAUGUUAGCAUAUUAGUUGUCUCCUCGAUAAGGACCGCAGGAAAUGAAAUAGAAAUGAAAUUGCUUUAGGUUUUCUCUGUGUCUCAAAUCAACGAAUCUGAAAAACAGUCUAAGAAUUCAAAAUUCCCCAUUUCGAUUAAUCUUAAAAUUAUUUUUUAAAUUAUUUUCUAAAUUUAAGGUUUUUUACACGCGCGCUAAGUCAAAUUUGAAAAUUAUUUUCUUUUUUUUCUGUUUCUUUGUUCUCUUUUUUGUUAAAAAUGUGUAGCGAUGAAUCACUGAGAAAUUCCUCUUUCAAGGCAGGCGUAAAAUUCUCUCUGUUGAAUUUGUUAACGAAAAAAAAAGUUGUUUUUACGGUGAAUUACUCAAGUGCAUUAAUAGAAUGAUUUUCACCUUUUGAUGACAAAGAAGUUAGGCAACGAGCACAAACAUAAUUGUGUUAAUAGGGAUAACAAUAUGGAAAUCUUUCGCCUUUGUUUUCACAAUUGUAAUGUGUUCUUUCGUCACAAUUUUAAAGAUUUUAGUUCAGUGUUUUGUCCAAUUAAUAAAUAAAUUUUAGUUCAGGGUACCUACUGAUACAGGCCGAACCAGGCUUAAUAAGAGUAGAGCAGAUCUAAUGGUUACGAUGGAUCCGAUUUUUCUUAAGCGCAAAAGUUUCUGCCACUAUUUUCCCCAAAGCAAAGCAAAUGUCGGCAACGCCGAGAUACGAGAUCUCCACUCCACUCUUUUGUCCGUUGAACAUGUAGCACAUUACGUCCUUGUUUGGACAUUUCUUUAUUUCUUCACAGAAUACCGAAUUUAGAGUCGGUUCGGCUCUCUAUUUUUAGAUUUAAAUCUCAAGGCCCGGAACUGGUCAAUUUUCAGGUCUUGGGGAAACAAAUUUGCAUUUCUAGAGGGGUGGAUAUAAAAUGGCAUAUUAGUCGGCGUCAUGUCAGUGGCUUUCCGUUACAUGUGUCUCAACCAUCAAAUGUUCGUAUGGAUAAAAAACUGUAAUUAGGUCAAAGUCUGAUUCAAUAUUCGAUAGGCCUACAGAUAUCUUUACGGCAACAUGGACAGAUGGAAUGGAAAGCCACUGACACCAGGCCCAGACUGGCCACAAAGGCAUUUUUUGCAUUCAUUUUACGAAUUUUUGACAUUCAUCGCCCAAAGGGCUUUUGGAGUGCCAUUCCAGCCUUGACUGACACAGACUAACGACCAUGCCAUUUACAUCAAUCGUAAAACUCUUUAGAAAAGCGAAUGUAUUUUCCAUGACCUUAAAUUGGACUCUUUUCACUUACUAUAAAUCUGUCCUUCAACCACCAAAUUUUUAGGUUUCCUUUUCAAAAGAAAAUCUUUUUGAUAUAUCUUAUGAACUAAUCCCAGUGAUGCAUUGACUAACUGCACAAUUUAUUUAUUUUUCUUUUUUAUUAUUUUUCUAAUUUAUUAUUUAUGUUAUUUAAAAAAAGAAAGACAACACAACCAACACACACACACAGUUUCUUUGAAUUUAUUUUCUUUCUAUUUUUUUUUUAAUAUUUAUCUCUUGACAAUUAUUUAAAUUUAACAAAUUUUUAAGAAAAAAAAUAUUUAUUUCGUUUUUCCCCUAUCACCCCUAACUUUAAUUCGGUUAUAAUUCAUUUUUUUUUAUUAAAUUAAAUUAAAUUAAUAUUUAAACGAAAAGAAAAUAUUAUUUUUAACGGUCCUUUCCUUAGCAUUUAAAUUGAAUAUUUUUAUUUGCAUUUGCAAUAUUGACAAGUCAGUGGGGGUCAUGAAGACAGAAUGAAUUUCGAUGUGUCGUAAAUAUUCUGACGUAGCUUGAUUCCAAUUUACAAAAAAAAAAGAAAUUUGUUUGCCAGUUCAUUCGUCAAAAAAGUUUUUAGAAAAAGAUGGAGAACUUAACUUAACGAAUCUAUAAUUUCCAAUCGAAAAUUGCAGUAGAUCAUCACCG